GGGGGCGGGGUCGGGCCGCGCAGCGUGUGACGCCGGCCGCCGCGGAGCUGGGGAUUAAUGGGAAAAGUUUUGGCAGGCUUCGGAGGAUUCUGCGGAGCCUGCGGGACGGCAGCGGCGGCGCGGGAGGCAGUCAGAACAGCAUUGUGUGGUGUUUUGGGCAUGCACGCUGCACUCACGCAGUGGCUUCUGUUCACCGACAGAUGAGGACAGAUGCACCAAAGAGGCUGCCGGGAACUGCCCUGUAGAGGUCCGUCUGCGUCCAGACCCAGAUGAUGCCAGAGCUAUGACCGGGCCUGCAGGCGUGGCGCAGAGGGGAAACCAGCCAUGGAGCAGCCACCGGGGGAAGCCCCUGAGGUCCGGCAAGAGGAGGAGAAAAAGGAAGUGGCAGAGGCAGAAGGAGGCCCGGAACUCAACGGAGGACCAGAGCGCUCGCUUCCUUCCAGCAGCUACACAGACCUGUCCCAGAGCUCCUCACCACCCUCACUGCUGGACCAGUUGCAGAUGGGCUGUGACGCGGCGUCGUGUGGCAGCCUCAACAUGGAGUGCCGUGUGUGCGGGGACAAGGCGUCGGGCUUCCACUACGGUGUUCAUGCGUGCGAGGGCUGCAAGGGCUUCUUCCGUCGAACAAUCCGCAUGAAGCUGGAAUAUGAGAAGUGUGAGCGGAUCUGCAAGAUCCAGAAGAAGAACCGCAACAAGUGCCAGUACUGUCGCUUCCAGAAAUGUGUGGCCCUGGGCAUGUCGCAUAACGCCAUCCGCUUUGGCCGGAUGCCAGAGGCCGAGAAGAGGAAGCUGGUGGCAGGGCUGACAGCAAGUGAGGGGGAUCAGCACAACCCACAGGUGGCUGACCUGAAGGCCUUCUCCAAGCACAUCUACAAUGCCUACCUGAAAAACUUCAACAUGACCAAAAAGAAGGCCCGUGGCAUCCUCACCGGCAAGGCCAGCCACACGGCGCCCUUUGUGAUCCACGACAUCGAGACAUUGUGGCAAGCAGAGAAGGGCCUGGUGUGGAAGCAGCUGGUGAACGGCCUGCCACCCUACAAGGAGAUCAGCGUGCACGUCUUCUACCGCUGCCAGUGCACCACAGUAGAGACCGUGCGUGAGCUCACCGAGUUCGCCAAGAGCAUCCCCAGCUUCAGCCACCUCUUCCUCAACGACCAGGUGACGCUUCUCAAGUAUGGUGUGCAUGAGGCCAUCUUUGCCAUGCUGGCCUCCAUUGUCAACAAGGACGGGUUGCUGGUGGCCAAUGGCACUGGUUUUGUCACCCGUGAGUUCCUUCGAAGCCUCCGAAAGCCCUUCAGUGACAUCAUCGAGCCCAAGUUUGAGUUUGCUGUCAAGUUCAAUGCCCUGGAACUUGAUGACAGUGACCUGGCUCUCUUCAUCGCGGCCAUCAUUCUCUGUGGCGACCGGCCGGGCCUCAUAAACGUGCCCCAGGUGGAGGCCAUCCAGGACACCAUCCUGCGUGCCCUCGAGUUCCACCUGCAGGCCAACCACCCCUACGCCCAGUACCUCUUCCCCAAGCUGCUGCAGAAGAUGGCCGACCUGCGGCAGCUGGUCACCGAGCACGCCCAGAUGAUGCAGCGCAUCAAGAAGACAGAGACGGAGACCUCGCUGCAUCCGCUGCUCCAGGAGAUCUACAAGGACAUGUACUGAGGGUGUGCGCCCGGGGCCUCUAGGGGACAGAGUGGGGGACAGGCACCACCCACAAGACUUUUCCGUGGAGCAGCCCUGAGCACCAGCCCCGCAGGACACGGCUCCGGCAUGGUGCCCAUCCUGCUCUCAGACACGCGACCUCGCCCCUGCUCUGCUCCCUGCGCUCCCUUCUUCCUCACCCGUUCUCAUCCCUCCUCUAAUUUCCUUGUGCUCCCUCUCUUCUUUCUCUCUCGAGGUUUCUCUCUUCCUUCCUGCCUCCCCCUUCUCGCUCCCCAUCCCUGUGUCCAUCCCUCCUUCUGUGAGACAGUUUGUGUUACUUCACCAGCAGCAUGGAACAGGUCCUCUGCCUUUGUCCACCCCGUCCCCGGUCCCCCAGGGAGCAGGAGGGAUGGGCCUGCCCUCUGCACCAACAGUCACCACAAGGGUAGGGGCCUCACUUCUCCCGUCUUCACAGCAAAGGACUUGGGCCAUCCAAAGAAACACUAAGCUCUCUGGGCCCGGCUUCCUGGGGAAGCCACGCAGGGCCUGGGCUGACUGCAGCAGUUCGAGUCACCGAGUCAUCACCGCCCCCGACUGUCACCCGCCUCCCCUCCCCAGCCAACCCCUCUCCAGCAGCACGCCCGAGCCCCACUGAUACCAACGCUCUCUCUGUUCUUUUCCCCAGUCUUCCAGGCCAGUGUCACUGAUGGUCCCCUGCGCUGGCCGCUGGGGAACACCCCAAGCCUGGUAGGAGGUGGGCUUCCCUCCAGGUUGGGCCCCCACUGCAGAGUAGCAAACCUCCAGGACGGUGGAGGUUGGCAGGGAAGGCAGCAAGUGGUGUACUUAAUUCUGACCCCAGGCUGUGGUGUCACUGACCACGACUCCUGUUUCUCCACUCAGUGCCAGGGCCUGGCCUCACAUGCAGCCAGGAGCCCAGCUGAAGCCCACUCCCUCCCCUCCCCGACUCCACUCCACACACACUAGCACUGACUCACUUUACCUGACUCCACAGCCCUCCCCCUACCCUCCCUUCCCAGAGACAGAUGGGCCGGAGGGGCCUAAAGGUGGAUGGGCAGGGCUGGGCCAGAUCCCUUGGUGGCCAGGGGUCUGCUGAGCCAGCCCAGCACCUGCUCAUGUGUGACGUCCAUUCAUCCCAACGGUUCUGCCACCUGCCCCUUCACGUGUUUGGCCCAGCUGGUCACUGAACUCACCCAGGAAGUGACCAGAGACCUUGCUGGGCCCAGUCCCGCCCCUCCCAGGUGAAGUACUAAGCCUGGGAGAAAGGGCUGAAGCCCAGCGUGGAUGCUGUGUCUGAGCAGGAAGGCUGAGAGCCCACCCAGCUUGCUUCUCCAGGAAAGAGAGUGGCCUGGAAGGGACGAGGGACAGGUGAGGGUCUCUGACAAACGUUGGGGAAGAUGUGAGGCGAGAGCCCAGGCUUCCUGGGCCCCGUCCAUCUGCCCCUGCCUCCCAUGCCCUGGGCCUGUGCUCUACUGACAAGAUUCUUCUCUCUCCCACCCUCACCCUCGGCUGUGAAGGGAGAGACACUGUGCCUGACCCCCCCACCCCCACCUUGCACCCCCACCCAGGUCUGGUGCUGAGGAUAUAGCUCUUCUCAGUGUCUGAACAAUCUCCAAAAUCGAAAUGUAUAUUUUUGCUAGGAGCCCCAGCUUCCUGUGUUUUUAAUAUAAAUAGUGUACACAGAUUGACAGAACUUUAAAUAAAUGGGAAUUAAAUAUUUAA